GAAUGUGGGUGAUUGAGCGGCCAUGUCAACGACUUGCUGUACUUGGCACGGGGGCCCUCAUCUUUGGCACAAGCUGCUGCAGGGCAGCAAUGUUAUUGAGGAUGAUUGUCUCAACACUUGCCUCAACUCAAGCAGGUUGGGGGGUUGGGGGCAACCAUUUGUGACUCUGGCCGCUUCAAGCAGAGCAAUGACAGCCUCCUGGUACUUGCUGGAGGGGAUUGAAGGAUUGAACUGGUGAUGCAAUGCACCAUGCGUGCUGUUGAGGGCCAGUGGGCCCACAAGCACAAUGAGGAAAUGCUCCACAUCUUGCUCCUUGUUGUUGCAUUGCCCCCACCCCCAUCACCCUUUUCAAAGGCACAGG